AUGAGUACUGACAAUUUCGAGUUACAGGCUAUCCGCCCUCCUCCGCCUGCUUAUGACGCUGGAAGCACUGAUAACCAGACUCAAACUCAAACCCAAACCCAAACCCAAACCCCAACCCAAAGAGGAAGAGACAGCUCUCGGACGACUCGAGCUCUUUCGUGGAUGGGAGACCGCAUCGCGAAGGUGUACGAAGAAUAUCCAGGGUUUACUAUCACUUUCUCAAUCGCAGCAGGAAUAAUUGUCGGUAUACCCGUCGGUUCGCUUAUCACACAAGAAGUUCUUCGAGAUGCAGUGCAGAGUGCAAGUGAAGUCACAGCGGACUUAGAGCUUUGUCAGAGGCAAAGACAACUUGCUCUUGAGGAUAUCGAUAUCUUAGGGGAUAAAGUGGAUAAGCUAGGAAAUUACGAAGCAAAUUACAAAAUCCUUCAUGAUUAUCUGACCAAAAUCAACAGAACGCACCCGGAAUAUCAUAUACAGUUCCCCGAUCUGUGGGAGGUUGAUGAUCUCAAGCAAUUGUCACAGAGAGAUGGGGCUGAUUUGCUUAAUAUCACACUUUCAAACUCGACUAACAGAGAUGACCAGUCUCCCAGUGUUAUUGUCAGUGUAACCCCUACCGUCUCAACCGCUGAUACAGCUAGCCACGGUGGAUCAGAAAGUAGAGUAACCAGAUCAGCACGAUCUUUUGAGGGUUAA